AUGCUGGCGGUCAUUCGCCACUUCCACGAGGGCAUGAGGGCGCGCGUCCGAACGGACGACGGGCAGUACUCGGAAUGGUUCGACGUGGGCCAAGGCCUCCGACAGGGAUGCAACCUGGCCCCGCUGCUGUUCAACUUGUUCUUUGCCGCGAUGCUCAUGGUCGCCGUGGCCGAGUUCGACAAGGACCCCAAGGUGACGGCGGACAUGGUCAAGAUCGGGACACAAGUGGAGUACACGGGCAAGAAGGGCAGGUCGGCGGGGAGGAAGACGACGGUGGUGACGGACGCGGAGGCCUUGUGGGCCAUGCUCUACGCUGACGACGCGGCCAUCGUCUCGCGCUCGCCGGAGAGUCUCGAGAAGAUGAUGUCGGUCAUCGUGCGCGUGGCCGGCCUGUUCGGACUGAUGGUGUCGGAGCCAAAGACAGAGAUCAUGUGCAUGCUGCCAAAAGGGAUCGAGGAACGCCCGUUCACGGUCAGCGCCGCCGGCCAGACGUACAAGCAGACAGAUCGGUUUGUGUACCUCGGACGUACCAUCUCCGCGGACGGGAAGGCCGACCGGGAGAUCACGAGCCGCAGCUGCCGAGCGUGGAAGUGCUACCGCCGGAACAGUGCUUCGAUGUACGACAGGCGACGGGCCGACCGCCAGCUCAAGAUCCGGCUUCUCCAGGCUGAAGUGGUGGAGACUCUCCUGUAUGGGUGCGCCUCGUGGAGCCUAACAGCGGAGCACUACACGAAGCUCAAUGGGACCCACCGCCAGUUCCUCACACGGUGCAUCGGCUGGAGCAAGCGGAAACGCUCAGACCGCCCCCUGUCCUAUGCCCAGGCCCUCAUCCAGGCAGGCUGCGAGGAAACCAUCGAGGCCACCGUGCGCAAACGGAGACUGUGUUUCGCGGGCUUUGUUAUGCGCAUGGAGGACAGCCGCCUCCCCAAGCGCAUGCUGUUAGGAGUGAUGGCGGGGGGCGUGGGAUACCGGAGCGGGUAGGAGAGCGACUGGGUGUCUCGUCUAGGAGAGGACCUCGUGGCCUUCAACAUGGGAGACGAAAAGGAAGGGGGGAAAUGGAAAGAGAGCGCCAAGAACUCGGAGGUGUGGUACAACAAGGUCGAGGACGGGGCGGCAUGGUUCAUGAGGAAAUGGCACAGGCAG